ACGCGCGCACUCAGCAGCAGUCACCUGUAGAUAUGCGGAAGUGAAGCAAGUAACACAGAUAUCGAAGAGUUGGCAUGGAUCUAUAAUGUGAGAUGUGGGCUACAUGUUAAAUGUUUUGUUGACUUUAAGUAUGGAGUAAAGAGUCAUACGUUCGGACAGAGCAGCAGAAGGGAACACUUUUCUUGUUGGAUGAAGGAUACUUUUCUCUAACCGAACGUCACAUCAAUACUGGAACAACUUCCAACAUGUUCUUCAAGACUGUCGAGGAAAGUAUUGAGCUGUGCGAUGGACAAAAGGACAGUUACAGCACUGAUCCUUUACUUCCUUCAACGCCCACCCAGAGGACAUUUGACUAUGUACUGGUGGCCCAUGUGGUGAACGAUGACACGGACCAGAAGGCUCAGAGACAGAGAGCAUUUAUCCAGCAGCUAGAAAAGAAAAAAAUCUCUGUCACUCGGAUCGUCCAUGAUGACAAAGUGUUUUUCGGUCUCCGUGCUCCCAGUGAGAUGUUUGAAGACUACCAGUACCUGCUCAAAGUCUCAGACUCCUGCAACUGGUGUGGAGAUGAAAGGGGCUCUGUCACACAGGCUACCAGAAUCCGAAUGGUCAAUUUCAUCCUUCAACAUACCUACAUCAACACAGGAGAAAACCUGGAGGAGCUGUUGAUGAAGCAUGUGUUUGAAACCAUGUUCUGCCUCCAUGAGAGAAAGAAGCAGAAAGAUCUGAAGAAGAAGUGGGCUCGAUGGUCGGGUCUGUUUACAGAGCAACCAUUUAACGACAUCAAGUGUUACUUUGGAGAGAAAGUGGCUUUGUACUACUUGUGGCUGGGCUGGUAUACCAAACUGCUGGUUCCAGCUGCUGCUCUGGGUGUUCUAGUGUUCCUGUAUGGACUCGCCUUUUUCAACACCAACCCUCUCAUUACGGAAGUGUGUCAGUCCGACAUAAUUAUGUGUCCUCGCUGUGAUAAGAGAUGUACAGUGUGGCAGCUGUCCGAAACCUGCACCUAUGCUAAGGUCAGCCACCUGUUUGACAAUGAGGGCACUGUGGCUUUUGCUAUGUUCAUGGCAAUCUGGGCCACUCUGUUUCUGGAGCUGUGGAAGAGACAAAGAGCCAGACAUGUUUCUCAGUGGAAGGUCUAUGACUGGUGUGAGGAGGAGGAGGAACUGAUUCUGGAAAUAGUCAAUGAUCCAAACUGUCAACCCAAACAGUUCAGACACUCCUACCUGCGCAGCACUCUGGUCCUCAUUCUAGUAACUCUUAUGCUGAUGCUGAUCAUCGGUCUCGCUCAUGCCCUGGUGGUGUUUCGAGUGGUCGCUGCCCCCUUGAUGUCUGAGGGCAAAUGGGAUUUUAUCAAGGACCAUGCCAACAUUGUGGCUGUGAUACUUGGAGCUGUGCUGCACUAUCUUACCAUUCAGAUCAUGACCAGGGUCAACAGAUGGGUGUCCCUCAAGCUGUGUGACAUAGAGAAGACAAAUUCAUUUGCUGCCACAGAGAGGAGCUUUACGGUCAAGAUGUUCACCUUCCAGUUCUUCACUCUCUUCUCCUCACUCUUCUAUGUGGCCUUCUUCCUGGGCAGGAUAAACGGCCAUCCGGGGAACUAUGUGCGUAUCGCUGGAUGGAGACUGGAGGAGUGCCAUCCUAGUGGUUGUUUGACAGACCUCUUCAUCCAGAUGGCUGUGAUCAUGCUGCUCAAACAGACUCUCAACAACAUCUUUGAGUUUACUGGGCCCUGGUUGAAGAACUCUCUGAGUAGAAACCAUGCAAAGAAGCUGGAGAGGAAGUGUGGUCACUGUUACAGGAAGGCCUGCCGUGAUGAACAGGGACGUGUUGAACCGUGUGACAUCUGCAAACUUCGGGACUGGCUGCGUAAUUACCACCUGGCAAACACGGAUGCCUUCAGUCUGUUCAAUGAGUACUUGGAGAUGGUGGUCCAGUUCAGCUUCACCACCAUAUUUGUGGCAGCGUUCCCCCUCGCCCCCCUUCUGGCUCUCAUCAAUAACAUCUUUGAGAUCCGCCUGGACGCCAUCAAGAUGGUCCGCCUGGAACGGCGGCUGGUUCCUUGGAAGACUAACGACAUCGGUGUGUGGACGAAGGUGUUGGAGGUCAUCGGUGUGUUAGCAGUGAUUGCUAACGGUCUGGUCAUUGGAAUCACAUCAGACUUUAUUCCACGCCUCGUCUACCGUUACCUUUAUGGCCCCUGUACCAAUGGAAGCACUCAAACACACUGCAUGCAGGGCUACAUUAAUGACACUCUGUCCACGGCUUUUAUGACACACCAAGCAAUUAAAAAAGACUUUGGUUUAGAACAAAUGGUCUUAAACGGCUUCAACGUCACUCAGUGCAGCUACAGAGACUACAGGAGUGAUGAGGACUACGCUCUGACUUCUCAGUUCUGGUUGGUUUUAGCUGUGCGCUUUGCCUUCGUCAUCUUGUUUGAGCAUGUUGUAGUGGUGUGUAAGUUCAUAGUUGCCUGGUUCGUCCCUGACAAUCCCACUCAGGUGAAGAAUGAUCGGAUGCACGACAAACUGGCUCGGCUAAAGGAGGAGAUACGUGAAAUGAAACGCAGCAAAUCAACAGAAGUCUGACCAACAGCGGACCUCAGAUCUGCUUUCACUGAUGAGUCCUGACUGGUUUUUCAUGUGUCAAAAGAAGAUGUAUUCUUUUUAUAAUUUAUAUUUGAGACUGGACUGUACUAAACUCCAAUGUGUGAGGUGUCAGGGUUUCAUUGGAAUUGUUUUACUCUGCUGAUUUGUCAUUACACAACCAUUACCCUACAUGUAACAACACCUAACAAUCGUGUGAUGUUUUUAUAUUAAAAUGUAAAGUAUA